AUGCUUGCCCCGAGCUCGCAGAAGCCCGCCGGGGCCUCGCCGCGUGCACUUGCCCAGGAGGAUGGCAGCGGUGUCGGCGUGACGGCAAGCUCCACCGCGUCGCCGGUGCCGCCACGCAGCUCCAAGGCACCGGUGCCUGUUGCUUCUCAGUUCGCAGUCAAUGACAUGGAGGCGGUGGAGUUGGACCCUGCUGCUCUGUGGGCAGCGCUGGACCUUCCCGCCCCGGAGUCGAUGCCAUCACAGCACACGUCGCGCCGUGUUAUCUUAGUCGGACGCCCGCUCAGCGGCAAGCGCACCCUCUGCCGACGACUGUGCUUCGCAGCGGAGGCGCAGCAUGCCGGCAGCGAUGAUGCCGCUGACGGCGGCCACGAGCGCGACGCCGUCACGGCGGACAACGACCGGCAGCCACUGUACCACCCAAAGUCCGACGAUGACGAGGAUGCAGCUCUCUUCCCCAACCAGCACAUCGGCGGAUGUGACAUGCCCGGCGCCUACUCGAGUGGUGGGGCGCUCCAACGAUGCACGGGGGUGGGGCCGCAAGACCGUGCGAACCCACUGUCCCACGGAUCGGGUGUGUGCUAUGACUACGUGGUUCAGCGAGUGCCGACGCGAGUUGUGCACGAUGGCGGUGCCGCUGGCGGCGACUCCGUCUCUGCCACUCAGCGCGCAUCUGCGGGGUUCCUGAUGACUCCUCUUGGUGGGACGGUGCGCCGCACAACGGAGUUUUUUUGCUGUGACAACGCCGGCGCCUUGUCAAUGGCUCUGCCCACGCUCGAUCACGUCGAGUCGGCGCUCGUUCUCAUGGUGGUCGAUGCCAGUGAUGUGUCGACGAUUCGCCAACAGCUGGAUUACUGCUACUCGACGCUAGAGAGCUAUGUAGCCAACCUACUGCGUACCCACGCACCGAAUCACGACGAGGUGCGCCGCAUGCAGCUCGCCGCGGCGCAGCAGGAGUACUGGUUGGCCGAGGAGCAGAAGCUGCGCAUCGUGCGGACGAACUUAGCAAGUGGCAGCAGCAGCAGCGGCACUGCAGGCGCUACUACCGCCGCUUCUUCCCCUUUCUCCACUAAGGAAUGCAUGCCUGACGUUCUCUUCAAGGACCCGGCGGCGAACAUGGACAAGGUGAACAGCACUACAUUUCGUGUGCCCGCCUCUGCCGGUACGGUGUGCACUAUGCGCAGCGUCAUUGUGUGCACCAAGAUCGAGAACCUCGACCGUGCCUCGCGAGCGCUGGGGCUGACGGAGAGCGGCACCGCUGAAAAUGAGGCGCUGCUCGAUCGCCUCGGCAUCCCGGUUGGGCUGCGCCUCGCCAUGCGGAACUCGCGGCAGUCACUGCUGGGCUUGGUGUCACAGUUAGUGCGUCAGUACGCCAUCUACCACCGAGCCGCUCUGGCGUCGGUGUGUUCGCGCGUGUCCAUGACGACCGCAGGCGCCGAGGGCGAAUAUGCCAACUCGGCACUGGUGAAUCCCUUCUAUAAGGGCCUGUGGGCGUACAUCGCGUACGUGUUGUACAGCGGCAAGGACCCGAACGCGUCGGUGCCGAGCGACGUCCUACGCGUCUGCUCUGCACGAAUGCACCCACACGCGCUGUUGCCGUGCGGCCUCGAUUCCGUGGACCUGCUGAACCACUUUGUCACCUCGAGCAACGCAGAGCUGCCUGAAGGGCCGUCCCUGACGUCGCCGGAGGACACUGCCGACUCGGUCAUCCGCACAACAUCCGAGAACGUCAUCACACCCGACGGCGUCUUCUCACUUCACCAGAGGUACAUUCAGCAGGCACAGGCGGACCUGACGAGCUCGGCGCCAGUGUGGGGCAGCCUGGAGGAGGUCACGCAGGGCGGUGAGGGCAUGGUGUGGGACUCCAUGUAG